AUGGUUUCAAAUCGUUAUAUUUUCGUCUUGGCAACAUUACUUUUGGCUAUGGCCAUCACCAUUUCAUCUGCUCCUGUCGACGAUGACAAAGAGGAGUUUCCUGGAACAACAGAGAAAUCUUUUGACCAAACGGAAAAAACGACUGGAAUUCCAACUGAAGAUAAAAAAAAAUUGUUAUUCAAAGACGUCCAGGGUCCAUCAGUACCAUUAUUUAACGAAGAUAGUAGCCGACUUCUUUUCGACACAGAUAAUUCCUCACCGACGGCUGAAACUGCAAAACGGGUGUCAGUCCUUGACACCAAAGACGAAUGA